UGUAGAUCUCUCUUGCACACAAACGCACGAGUUUCUUGUAUUGCUGUUCCCACCCGAGGAAAUCCCGUUGGUGCACAAUACAACGCUGGCUAUCCGUGUUAAGAUGGCGACAGUGACCGACUCGCGUUUGCAGCAUUCGCAGAAAGACGCGGCCGACCAAAACUUCGACUACAUGUUCAAACUUCUCAUCAUCGGUAACAGCAGCGUCGGUAAAACCAGCUUCCUGUUUCGCUACGCGGAUGAUUCCUUCACAUCGGCCUUCGUCAGCACAGUGGGCAUCGACUUCAAGGUGAAAACCGUUUUUCGCAAUAACAAGAGGAUCAAGCUACAGAUCUGGGACACGGCCGGACAGGAGCGCUACAGAACCAUCACUACAGCGUACUAUAGAGGAGCCAUGGGCUUCCUGCUGAUGUAUGACAUCACAAACCAGGACUCGUUCAGUACUGUCCAGGACUGGGCCACCCAGAUCAAGACGUACUCGUGGGAUAACGCACAGGUGAUUCUGGUGGGCAACAAAUGUGACCUUGAAGACGACAGACUCGUAACGACCGAGGACGGUCUGAGGCUGGCAGAUGAACUCGGUUUCCAGUUCUUUGAGGCCAGCGCCAAAGACAACAUCAACGUAAAGCAGGUUUUCGAGUGUCUGGUGGACGUCAUCUGUGACAAAAUGAAUGAAAGCACGGAUGGAGACGUUGUGUCAGACCACAAAGACACCCGUCUGCAGGAAACGUCCCCUGAGGAACGCAGCGGCUGCGCCUGCUAAGAAAAGAAAACGUACUGAGAACUUCUCUUCCUCAUUGCCACCUGGAAUCAUCAGUGCUUUUCUUCUUUAACUUAAACCAUUAUCUACUGAACACGCUGAGAGCGGACGGUUCAGGUCCUGCAGCUGUACAGACAGGUACGAUGAACCCUGAAGCACAGCCGCGCCUCACAAAAUCAUAAAAAACGUAAAGUGGUUUUCUAAGAAUUGAAGGUGCUGACUCGUCUGAUUUUUGUUAAAGGCUGUUUGUGGUUUUAGCAUCUUAUCAUCACCUCACUCGUAACGUCCACGGCAUUCAGCCGACAGCUACAGUAUUGUCCAUCACAUGUCUAUCUGAGGGUCCGUCUGCUUUAAAUGACAGCGUUAACAGUGAGUUUGGUGGCAUUGUUGAGAUAAACUCACUGUGAAUUGCUAAACAUGUGCCAUUGUCUGAAACGCACACUCUUGCAAAUUGAAUACAGUGUCCACUCAAAAUUGACUCGCUUCUCUUGAACUUCUGAACUCAGACUGUUUAAAACCCAUUGGGUCUCAUUGGUGAAUCACACGUUAAACCUUUUUUCUGUGUAUAUUGUUCAAGAAUCAGUUUGUCGUUGUUGCAAGGUUUUAUGAACUUUUACUCAGAAAGAAGGGCCAUUGUUUGACAGCCAGUGCUUGCCAGUAUCACUUUUCUGUUGUCCUUGUUUUAAGUUCUGAAAUCCAGUAUAUCACCGGAGGUCUCAAAAGGUCAGAGCAGGUUUUGCCAGUCCUCCAAUGAAUUGUGAUUACUUUUGUGGAAGUAUUCAGCAGUGCCUGUAGAUUUUUGUAUAAUACAAUGUAGUACAGAAACCGCUUAUAAUAUUUUAUCUCUAAUUUAAAAUCGUUUGUCCUUUGCACAGUAUUAGAGUUUAGUGUAUCUUUGGUUUUGCAAUUGCUGAUGUGACGUGAUGUGGCCACGGUAAUGUAUUUGGUGAUGUAACAUACUGUGACACAGCGCACAUUUCACCCCAAAAGGACGCAAACUUAUUUUACAUACAUGUCUUUAUGACUAUCAAAAUACAUUGCAUUGUGACAUUUUCAUUCAAAUUAAGUGUUUUCCCUUCAAUUGGUUAGUACUGUUAUUUUAUUUACUGUCAAGGAUUGGACUACAAUGUAUCCUACCAUAAUGUAAAAAUGCAUUUUGUCCAUUAAUGUAAUGAGAAUUUUGGGAACAAUGUGCCUGAAUAAAUAAUGUCACCGCAGAACGUUUUAGGAUUAAAUGUAAAGGUUUCAUUGUUUGUUCAGCAGCAGGAGUGAGUUUUGGACUGUGAUGUUUUGUACUGACUCUCGUCGUCUCUAUCUGUCUCCCUGCAGGCU